AUGCCUCUUCCAGAGCCAACGUUUCCCCUGGACAAUGGCUGCUCAGUACUGUUCAACAACACCCUAUACGCAUACACGCCCGACGCGUUCCAAACACUUCCAAUAACCCAAGGUGCGCGAUGGAAGCAGUUACCUUCGGGAGUUUCUGUCAAGGGAGGUGUGUGUGUGAAGUCGACACCGAAGGAUGAAAACAACGCCGCGUUGUAUAUCGUGGGUGGAACGGCAGCGUCCAGUGAUUACCCAGGACUACAACGGUUUAAGUUUGCAGAAGGAAAGUGGGAGACGAUACAGCCGACAGUCCAAGUCACCCAAAACAGAGUCUGGCACAGUGCCGUAUACCUCAACGCUUCUGAUUCCAUUCUUGUGUAUGCCGGAUCUCAGGACGGUACCCGGCAACCCAGUUCGCAAACCUUCACAAUAAAGGCUUUCGCACCCUAUGCUGCUUUAGCGUAUGAAGCUAUCGCGCCACCUGCGGUAUCGCCCCUGUUGAUGCCAUGGUCGGAGGAUAUGGCAUUAUACAUUGGAGGAAGUGAUACUAACAAGAAGGCUAUGCUUUUCAGCGCUGCCACCUCCUGGGUAGAUUCUGGCACGACCCUAGACACACCCCUAUACAACACUACUAAUAUCAGAUCGGCUAUCAUUAACGGUGAUGAUGGCAGCAAAUCUCUUUACACCUUCGAUAUGUCAGUCUCUCCAAACUCCGUCAAUCGAACGAUCCUGCAGGGUGCCGAUGGCAAACCAGUCCAGAAUGCGAAGCCAGUCAAUAGGAGGAAGGUUGAAGAGGACGCACCCGCGAGAAGACCAAAGAAGCGGGUCAAGAGGGCCGAUUUGACGAUUGCGAAUUGGCCGGCUUAUAACGGCACGCUAGCGCCUUCGGUCACGAGAACUGGCUACUCGAUCGCGCAGGAUCCCAACGGGCUGGUUGUAAUAUCUGGUGGAAACGAGGACGAUGUCUUGUGCAUGUUCAAGGCAAGAGAGAAUACCUGGAUUAACGCCACAGCGACAUUAGCAGGUCUUACGAACCAAAGGAUACUUAACCUUUCCCCUUCAUCCACCUCAAAUUCCAUCUCCCCCGCGUCGGAAACCGGAACACCUACCUCGACGGCUUCUACUACUACUGCUGCAGCGGCUGCGGCGGCGAAUAAAUCGGAUCCUCCCUUCCCGGUCAAGAUCCUUGGUGCCGUCUUAGGAUCCAUCCUGGGCGUUGCUUUGAUAUUAGUGGCCAUCCUUUUCCUUCUUCGCUGUGCAAGGAAACGUAGAGAACAUGCUGAUCUUGGCCACCAACGUCGCUCAAGUGGCAUCCCGGACGAGAAGGAUGGCAUGGAUUUCUCGGAUAGGGGCCUGCCACCGAUGAGCUCCGCGACCCAUAUUCGAGGCCAUGCACAGGACCCGUCGCAAGGUUCCUUUUCGUCGAUGGCAAUCUUCAUGGGCAGGGUCGGCCAUAAGAGAGGUGACGGCAAUGGAAGCGUUGGGAGUGGCUCAAGCAGUCAAUUCAACAAACAAUACAAGACAGCCAUUAGCAAGCCUAUUCCCCAGGAGUCAACUUUAACUCCAGUAAAGCUGGAACCGGUUCCAUAUCCGGAGGAGAGGAUGCCCGCCACAAGAGCGCCUAUGAGCAGGGUCCGCGGUAGCACGAGAAGGAGCUCAGGAUGGAACCGGUAUUGGUCUGGGGGAAGUUCUCUGAAUAUUCUUGGAUUUGGAUCGAAGCGGGCGACCGACUAUGAAGACUCGGAAAGAGACUCUGCCUCCAAUUAUUCCGAGAAUCACCGGAGUCAGGUGACUCAACACUCAGCGUUUCCGCCCCCUCUGAAGCUUCCAGGACAACCGGAGCUAAAUACUGUUGCAUCAAGGAGUCCAACGAUAAACCCAAACCACUCGAGCACGUAUCCCCUUACGCGAGCGAUGUCAGGCCAGAUUGAACGAGCGAACUCCUUUAACUCAGUCUCAUCAUAUAACGAUGACCGGCACGACGCCUUCUCAAGUGGUAUUCCAGCCAGCGUUCACGAGCAGAAUACUUGGACACCUGUGGACAAAUCCGACUGGUCGUCGGGACGGGAUAAUACCAGCAGUAUGUAUUCAGAGAGCGUGUACCCACCAACACAUCCGCGAAAUACACAGGUCCCCACGCAAGACAUGCGUUUUCCCGUCCCGCCAUCAACCCAACGAACGCCGCGCCAACAACGCGACGACAUGAGCUGGCUUAAUCUAGGGAACGAAAAGAUUGGCUGA